AUGAAGGCGAUAGCGCGCAGUUUCGUCUACUGUCCAUCAUUGGACGACGACAUCACUGGCUGCGUCGCUACUUGCGAUGCUUGCCAGGCCGCAGCAAAGUCUCCACGUAUGUCUCCAACAGCGCCCUGGCCAAAACCAUCAGCUCCCUGGCAGCGAGUGCACAUCGACGCCGGACCAAUCGAUGGUGCAUACUUCUUGAUCGCAGUUGACGCCUUCACGAAGUGGCCCGAAAUCGUGAAAACUGCAAGUAUAACCUCACAUUCCACAAUCAUUCUUUUGAGAGGAAUAUUUGCCAGAUUCGGACCACCAGUCACACUGGUUAGCGACAACGGGACUCAGUUUACCAGUGAAGUCUUCAAGGAGUUCUGCGAUGCUAACGGCAUUGAACACAUCACGACUGCACCGUUUCAUCCCCAAUCGAACGGCCAGGCCGAGCGGUUCGUGGAUACCUUCAAGCGGGCCUUGAAGAAAAUUCGAAUCGAGAAGGCAUCGCUUGAGGAGGCUUUGGAUCUGUUCCUGCAAACAUACCAUUCCACCCCGAAUCCAAUGUUGGACCAACGCACGCCUGCCGAAGUCAUGUUCAACCGGGUUCAUCAUCUGCUGCGGCCCUCACCAUCACGGGAGUCUUCAGCGAAUAGCGGUUUCCCCAAAUGGCGUCCUGGAGAUUUGGUUUACGCCAAAACAUUUCGCGGCAAUUCAUGGAGUUCGAUUGCAGGGGAGAUCAUCCGCAGCAUCGGCACCGUAAUGUACGAUGUCAUCACAACGGAGCAACGGAGGCUUCGGCGCCACGUGAAUCAGCUCCGUCGUCGUACUACAGUCUCUAGGAAACAAGGAGAGCGGGAUGAAGAUAAUCUGCCGCUACAGAUCCUGUUAGAGGAGUGGGGUUUGCCCACGGAACAAAGCUCCACUCCCUUGUCCGAGCCAUCAGCGCCUGUGCCCACAUCGCAGCCGGAUGUCUCAGCAUCAUCUCCGGCAGCCCCUGUGUUUCGGGAAGCAGCACAUCCAUCCUUGGGUGUCGAGGACGUCAACCACCAGCAGGCACGACUACCACGACGUUCUUCUAGGAGUAGAAGACUGCCUCGUAGGUUCAGCGCGUACCGGCUGAAUUAA